GCGCAGAGCAUCAGCUGUGGGGAGAGGUGGAAACUUGUCCCUUUGAUCCUCGACCUGUUUCCUCCAUUUAAAACUCCUCCGACACGUCCCUGCUCCUCUGCUCCUCCGUCCGCACCUCCUCACGGGACCCGCCACCGCCUCGCUGCCCGUCUCCCUCCUCGUCGGACCAGGUUUUGUGUUUUUUAUUCCCCCCUGCCCGGUGCGGUGCGGUGCGGUCAGGACGUCGGGUGCCGCCGGACUGGAGCAACUUUUUUCCUCCUCCCCCGCAACACGUACAUCCAGCCCGGGGAAUGAGAGGAAGCGCAGCAGCGAGCCGCAUGUUGGAAUGAACAAAAGAGAGGAAAGCGAGGCUGCCGCCGGAGACAUGGAGGGACCAGCGCUGCCAGGAGCCACAUCUCCCUACUCUAAUCUGGACACAAGCCCCACAAGGCCUGACCCAGAGGGGGAGAGCAGCCCCCCGACCUCAGACAACCCCAAGAGGAUGGAGUCUCCAGCUAAGAAGGAUGUAGACCGAAGGCUGAGUACCCCCAGGAAAUCUGACAUCAUGCCCAGAUCACCAGCAUCACCUGCACCCAGGUCGAAACAAGACAUCAUAAAGGCAGAUGAGAGACAGAAGCUCGCCAAGGAGCGGAGAGAGGAAAAGGCCAAAUAUCUGGAAGAGCUCAGCAAGUUACAAGCUGCCAAAAAGUCCCAGUGGCUGGAGAAAGAGGAGAAGGCCCGGCAGCUGAGGGAGCAGCAGCUGGAGGAGCGGCGCAGGAAGCUGGAGGAGCAGCGGAUCAAGACGGAGAGACGGCGUUCUGCCCUGGAGGAGAGACAAAAGCUGAAACAGGAGAAGAACAAAGAACGCUACGAGGCAGCCAUCCACAGGUCGACCAAGAAGACGUGGGCAGAAAUCCGCCAGCAGAGAUGGUCAUGGGCCGGUGCGCUCAGCCAGAACUCCAGCCAGAAAGAAGGCAGAUGCUCUUUGUCAACGGUCAACCUUCCCAAACACGUGGACUCUGUUAUAAACAAGCGACUGUCCAAGUCCUCCGCCACGCUCUGGAACUCCCCCGGCAGAACCCGCAGCCCUGCUCUGAGUCCCUGGGAGAGCAGUAUAGUCGACCGGCUGAUGACGCCGACGCUGUCUUUCAUCGCCAGGAGCCGCAGCGCCGCCAGCGUCCUCAGCAAUGGCAAAGAUGGUCAAUCUCCUCUCUGCCCCCGUUCGUACUCAGCCAGCCCCCUCACCCUGUGCGCCCACCAGCCCCACCGCCGCUGCUCCGACCGCUGGAGGGUCACGUCCAGCACACCGGACAUCACCCAGCGCCAACGCAGACGGAGCUCCACACCGAUGGAUAAGAACAAGAAAGAAAAGAGAGACAAAGAGCGGGAGAACGAGAAGGAGAAAAAUGCGCUGACUAAGGAGAAGGUGCUGAAGAAGAGACAGUCUCUACCGAGCAUGAGACACAGACCUGAUCCAAGUCCCAGUCCAUUAUCAAGACAGCGGCCGGCAUCCCCAGCCACGCCCAAGGGCAGAACGGCCUCCCCCAGCCCCGCUGCCUCCCCCAAGCCUCCAUCAACACGGGGAACGCCGUCGACUCCCAAGGCCCGGCCCAAAAGAGCCAGGACCCCUGCCAGGAUAGACCACCGGACCUCCUCCCCUGUCCCGCUGGAGAGAGUGAGGGAGCCUCGCAGACCUGCCACCCCUGAGGAGAGAAAGAGUUCCCCUGUGGUUCCUCACAUCGUAGUAUCCUCAGCUGCUCCCUCACCCCACGCAUCGAGCACGCCAGCCACAGCCAGAGCCUCACCUGAGCCGAGCCACUCGGCUUCCUCUGCCUCCGCAGCGUCGCCAACGCCCUCUCCUUCAGGCAAGCCCAUGGCGGGCACCAACGACCCUGAGGAGGCGGCACGCAUCCUGACGGAAAGACGCCGGCAGGCCCGAGAGCAGAGGGACAGGGAGGAGCUAGAGCGGCGCGAACAGGAGGAGAAGGAGAGGGUCCUGAGAGACGAGCGAAUAGCCAGGGAGGCAGAGGACAGCCAACUCAGGAAGGAGGAGGCGCGCGCCAUGGCGGAGGAGCAGCGGAAGAGAGACGAAGUCCAGCGGCUGCAGGAUGAGAAGGAGGCCGGGGAGAGAGCCCAGGCCGAGCAGGAGGAGAACCUGCGCCUGCAGAAACAGAAAGAGGAGUCUGAGGCUAAAGCCCGGGAGGAGGCGGAGAAGCAGCGUCUGGAGAGGGAGAAACACUUCCAGAAGGAGGAGCAGGAGAGGCUGGAGAGGAAAAAGCGUCUGGAUGAAAUCAUGAAGAGGACCCGCAAGACGGAUGCAGGCGAGAAGAAAGAAACAAAGUCCUCGCCACUUGCACAUGUCAACGACAAAGAAGCAGAGAGCAGCAAAGUUGCUGACUACCAGCCAAAGCCAGAGGUCACUCUCCCCAAUAACAAGACAGAAAAUGGACAAACUAAUGUCAACGAAAGCAGCCCUUCAGUCCAAGUGAUCAACGGGCUCCAGUCCAUGAGACAUGAGAACGGCCUCUCCACUAAAGGAGACACCUCCCACUUUGAGGAUAUCCUCCACCUCGCCAACCACGGCAACACCACCAACGGAGCGAGGGACAGUUCCCAGAACAGCAUGGCCAUUGAGCCGAUACUCACGUUUGAAAAUGAGGAGUCGUUCAUGAAGAUGGCCGGCCCCAUGAAGCCGCAGCAUGUUGCAGGUACAGUUCGGCCAUACGAUACACAAGAGUGGCUAUAAUAUAAAACCACACAUUGUUCAAGACUUGAGACCUUUAAUAUGAUAAAAUUAUCAAGAAGAAACGAAGAAUAAAAGCUCUAAAAAAAGGCGAUAAGCUUAGCUUUGCCAGUUAGUACAGAUUGAACAAAACAAAAUAAAGCGCUAAUGCUACGCUAAGCUAAUUGUGAUUGAUUUUCUCACCAAUGUUUUGGCAAAAGUUUCCUUAUAAGAAACGUGACUGUGAAUCUGAAUCUUAGAGUUAACUACAUGUGGCUUUAUCGCUUGCUAUUAGCAGUUAAACGCUAAUGCUUUGGCAGCAACGUUUUGGAUGAACUAAAGCAGCAUUAGCUUCUACCUGAGCUAAUAAUGGUCUCUCAGACAAUAAAUGCAAUGACUUAACUAUCAUUGAUAAAAAAAACUUCAUAUCAUCUUUCAUAAUAUUGUUAAUAAGAGUUUUACAAAGUAAAAAGCCAGACAGUGUAGCUUGGAAAGGGUUUUAGCUUUCAUGAUCACAAUCACAUGUUCACUUGAGAUAAGUUAAGUUAAAAAAAUAUCCUCAUUAGAUUCAUUUUGAGUGAAAGGAACUGCUUAAUGGCUGUUUUCUCUUUUAUAAGAGAACAGGACCGAGGUUCACUGGCAACAAGCUUGUAUGAUUAUUUCCUCCGAGCUGGUUUUAAACUUGGCCAAGUUCACAUUACCCAAUAAAGUCUGCAGCACAAGGUACCAGAGUUAGUGCUGUGGUCACUGGCCCGAAGCAAACUGAACUUAUACCUCAACGUGUCACAGUGAGUACUUCCUGUGGGGAGGAUGGUGUGGCACAGAGGAACCCAACACAACACCAGCAAAGAGGGUGGAGAUGCAAUAUGGAAGACAUAGUGCAGGGAAGGGUGAAGAUAGGCGACGUAUCUUUAUGCCGAUGACAGCUUUUACUCAGCAGCCUCGCUCUCUUGGACCUGAACCCAGUUAGGAAUUCCUAGAAUGGCUGAGGAGACUCUAUCCACAAGUGCUUCCCUGGCAGGGGCUAGAAACAAGACCCCGAGGCAAUUAAGGACCGUAUCACUCCUCACUCAACCACAGACACCGUCAGCAGCAGCCACGAUUCACUUCCUUUUAGAUCUUAGUGUUCACCUGUUCACCGAGAACAAGUCAGCAGUCAUAAAGAUCAUGGAAAGUAAAUGGAGGGCAGUCACCUUUACGAGUCCUCCUCACAUUUUCCUUCCUUUUGAUUUCUCUUUUCUGUUGUAUAACAACUCUCUGAUUUAUUCCACUCUUGAAAAUUCAUGACACUUAACACGACUCUGACCUGACAAGACGUUAAUGAUUGAGAAUAUGAAUACUCUAGACUAUUUGAUUUUGAUAAAGGAGGUCAAGGUCUGGUCGUUACACCCCCAUGUAAACGAGUCAGGAAAGAUUUAUGGGCUCAUUCCUCCUGCAACAUGUUCAACAUCCUUUUGCAUUUAGCAUCGUCACAGGGUCAGAAGGUCACAGUCCACGUCAUUACUCAGGUUAACGACCGGGAUUUGGCUUUAAAUUGUGCCAGCUUGCAACUUUGGAUUAAUCCUCACUGGCCGUGGCGUUGCUUUCUGAUCCUUCUGCUCUGUGCCUCC